UUCUGCGCCAGUGUGUGUAAAGGUGUCUCUUCUGACGGUCUUUCGCUGUUAAUUUUUUUCUUGUUCGUCACAAAGUUACAUCGCAGUUUGAACAAUGAAGGUGUUACUGAGUACAGUGAUGUGCCUCCUGGCCGCUACAGGCGCGUUGGCUGCAGACGCGUGUUACCAAGAUGUGUCUCUGGACUGUGGACAGGCAUCCACCAGCUUGGCUUUGCCCCGUUGUAAUGCCGUGUACGGGGAGUAUGGAAGACACGGAAACGUCGCCACAGAGUUGCAAGCAUACGCGAACCUACACUUGGAAAGGUCGUACGAAUAUUUGCUGUCUGCUGCGUACUUCAAUAACUAUCAGACCAACAGAGCUGGGUUCAGUAAGCUGUUCAAGAAGCUUUCGGAUCAGGCUUGGGAGAAGACCAUCGACCUCAUCAAGCAUGUGACUAUGAGGGGUGAUGAAAUGAACUUCAGCCAGCGUAGCACCCAGAAACCGCUGGAGCGCAAGAACUAUACGGUGGAACUUCAUGAAUUGGAGUCUUUGGCCAAAGCUUUGGACACGCAGAAGGAGCUCGCGGAACGCGCCUUCUACAUCCACCGUGAAGCCACCAGGAAUAGCCCUCAUCUUCAUGAUCCUGAGAUCGCCCAAUAUCUGGAGGAAGAGUUCGUUGAGGACCAAUCGAAGACAAUUCGCGAAAUAGCUGGCCACACCAGCGACCUCAAGAAAUUCAUCACAGCUAAUAACGGGCAAGACCUUUCAUUGGCACUCUUCUUAUUCGACGAGUACCUCCAAAAAACCGUUUAAACCGUUAGAAAUAACCUCCACUAUUUUUAUUUACCAAUAAAUAAAUCCACCAAAUUCGACCAGAUUUUUUUUAUAUUGGCAACAUAUUUUUUUUACUUGGCAACACUGUGAUUUUCUAUGGCAUUUGUAGCCGCCAUUUUUGUUGAUACUCUACUUGCCUUGUCACGUACAAAAUGGGCUGUUAUAUUCAAUAAUUUUAUUUACAUUAUAAUGAAGAUUGUAUAUUGAUGUAAGUAAUAUUAGUGUCACAUAGUAGAUUGUAAUUUUUCGUUUAUUUCCAUUAAAAUUUUAAACCAUA